AUGUCAGUCGGGAAGGAGAAGGCCCCUGACUUGAUGGAGCAGGCAUGCAUGCUGUGUCGCCGGGCAGAGGCUGACCCGGAUAUCUGCGGGCACAAACUGCAGAAGCAGGGGCUCUGUGCCCAUAAGUUUUGCCUGUUUUUUGCCAACAAGCUUUCUCAACAAUGGGUUGAGGAAGUAGGCCUCAUGGGAUUUCUCCCCGAGGAUAUUCGACGUACAGUCGAGCGGGCAGCGCAGAAGCACUGCUUCGUCUGUGGCGAGAGUGGGGCCGCCAUCACCUGCUGGGAGACGGGCUGCGACCGCAGCUUCCAUCUCCCCUGUGCCGUGGAGGGUGGAUGUGUCACCCAGUUCCUUUAUCAGUACAGGUCCUUCUGCUGGGAGCACCGCCCGGAGCAGGCAGUGGAGGCGGCUCCGGAGGAGAACACCACCUGCCUCAUCUGCCUGGACCUCGUGGGGGACAGAAAGUCCUAUGGCACCAUGGUGUGCCCGGCGUGCAAACACGCCUGGUUCCAUAGGGGCUGCAUCCAGGGACAGGCUGUGCGCGCUGGCAUUUCUGGCUUCCAGUGCCCCCUCUGCAGAGACAGGGAUGCAUUUCUCUCGGAAAUGCUCACCGUGGGGAUCCGAAUCCCCUUCAGACUGCCAUCAUGGGAGAGCGGGCAUGCAUACGCAGCACUAGGCGAGAGGCACAGCCGCUGCGAUGCCAGUGAGUGCCUUUGUCCAGGAGGCAGGGAGCGGGCAGAGGAAGAGGGGCCCUGGCAACUGCUCCUGUGCUGCUCCUGCGCUGCCGAGGGCACCCACAGACGCUGCUCCGGCUUGAGGAACAGCACGGCCAGCUGGGAGUGCGACAGCUGUGCUGGCCUGGGUACCGCCUCCAGUGCCAGCUCAGAGCUCGCUGGCCCCAGCAUCCCCAGCCAGGCGGCAUCAGGGUCCUCCUGCAGCUCUCCAGCAGUACAGGGCAGCAGCCGCUCCACCAGCCCUGGGCCCAAGCGGGUGCGAAACCGCUCCCGCUUGCAGCGUCGUGCCCGGAAUCCCUAUGGCCGGCCCAGAAGACGCCACGAAAGGCGCCGUGCACCAGCACGGAGUGCUGAGAGCAGCACCCCAAGCCAGGCGGCACUGGGGCCAUCACACAGCUCGCUGGUACCUGAGACCAGCAACCCCAGCACCACCAGCCAGCUGCCAUCAGGGGCCUCCUGCAGCUCCCCAGCGCUCGAGAGCGGCAGCUGCUCCAGCCCCCCUGGGCCCGUGCGGACGCAAGACCGCUCCCGCUUGCGACGUCGGGCCCAAACUCCUUACAGCCAGAAUGGACGCUGCCACAGGACCAGACGUGCACCAUCCCUGAGUGCUGGCCCUGAUCACCUUCCAGCAGCACAAUAA